AUGGUGUCGUUUUUUGGCCUCCGAUUCGGCAGCGACAAAAAGAAGUCUCAGAGUAAGCAGUCCAACAAGAAGCAAGUGGCCCAGCAGCCACAAACUCAACGAUGGAACGGCAACGGCAAUGACAGCUUCAAGUUCCCUCCGCCGCAACCCCAAUCCUCGCGACCAGGCACCUCCACCUCGAAUGCCCGAAAUCUGGGCUGGCGUGCGACGUUCAAGGGCGUGCCGGCAGCGUCGUCCAUGGUUGAUCUAUCGGUACCCCGGAAGGCCAGCGAGAGCAGCCUGCGCCAUGGCAUCGACGGCGCUGGCUUCAAACCCUGGAUGAAGCCUAACGCGAGCAUGACCAACCUUGCCGUGCCGGAUCCUUUUGGAGUAAACGGCAGCGGUCGGCCGGGGAUGCCAUCACGGCCCGCUGGCUCUAGGCAAUCGGAGUGGGUGAAUCCUCUGGACGUUCAUUUUAACAAGAAAUCUGGAAGCAUCUCAAAAUCUUCCAACCGUGCCGGAAGCGGUGGUGUCAAAGCGGUGACGAGCAAGAGCCCGUUGAGCAAGCCUGACUCGAAGGCUGAGCCAGAACCGGAGCCGGAGCCAGCGAAACGAGACUCGGGUGGUUUGGAUGAUUUUGGCGAGCCUGGGCCCGACGUUGGAAUCCGUGGUUCUGGAUAUGCUGGAUAUCCGUCUCCUCCUCAAUCAGUCGAAACCGAGGACCAGUGGCCCCCGAUGGCUUUUGCAGGCGGAGACACGGGGGCAGAGACCGACAUAGAGGCAGAAGUGGAGGUAGAGGCGGAGGCGGAGGGAGAGGUAGAAGUGAGCACAAAGGAGUUGCAACCAAACCAAUUCACCGCUCCAGGAUUCGCCAACGGCCCUGGCCCCACGAUGCUGCCCAGCCCGUCGUCGUCAACAUCGCGUAAGAGCGAAGACAAACGAGCAUCGCCUGUUGUUAGAAAUGUUCAAGCGAAGCGAGACACGCUGACGUUCCUGUCACCACGGAGGAGGAGCUUCACAAUGGCCAUUGAGGCAGACGACCUCGAGAAACACCGGCAGCAGCAGCGUCCCGUAGAGGGUCUUACGGGCAACUUUUCCAAUUUCGAUUUCGGCGACGGGGUGACGAAGCAGCCCACCGUGGCUAUUGGGACGCUCGGCUUAGAACUGGUGGAGAGCCCGAUCCAAAUGAAGGGGCCACACCCAUUUAGAGAAGUUGCGAGGGCUGACGAGGGAGAUGUUGAAGAAGCCAUGGAUACUCAGGAUGCUGUAGGCGCAGAAGAUGCCGAGGAUGUUGCUAGUGAUGGCUUGACUGAGCCAAGCGAAACCGUGUCUUUGGUAUCGCCCAUAGUAUCGCCCAUUGGCUCUCCCAUGGCAUCACCCAUGGCAUCACCGAGACCAUCGCCGAAGCAAUAUCGGGCAUAUCAUCAGGCCCAGGAUUCAGUGGAACAAAAUAGCCCCCAGCGGCUCAAAGUGGCGAUUCCCGACGAGGACUCGCAGUCCCUAUCGACACAUCAGCCGCUGCCAUCACCCUCUGCUGUCUCGGCUGGCAUCGAAAGCCCUCGACAAAUCAUCCGGAGACCAUCCCAGGCGAACAUCGAGGCUCCAGUCGCCCUGGGCUCAGUGUUGAAUUCAUUCACGCCAUCUACGCCCCAGGGCUUCAACACACGAAUGACGUCUGAUUCUCGUUCUCGAGGCCCUCCACAGCCUCUGCAGCACACUGCACUCUCCAGCCUCAUCGCUCGCAUGGAGACGCCCACACAAAGCCCCCGGAGUCCAUACGGGCCUGCUGCUGCGGAUGAAGACACGUAUGUGCGUACGUACGAGGCACCUCGGCCGCCCAUGGACCGGGUGCCACUGAGCCCCUUUGCUGCCCGAACGCCCAUGGAAGGAGAGUUUCCCGUCAUGAAGGGCCUUCCCCGAGGACGACAGCCUCCCCGUCCACAGAUGCCCCCCAGCGAUUCCCCGGAGAGACAGUCUGAGGAGCGGAGCCCUCGACCAUUUUCCAAGUGGGGAGGCUUUGGCUUUGACCGAUCAGAGUUCAGAGGCGCUACGGUGCCAAUGCCGCGAACCCCCAAGAGCCAACGACCGAGUUCGCCGACCUGGUCUCUUUCCACUCCCACGUCAGAUGUGGCGCCACGCAUCCCCAGCCCGACGUUCCCAUCGCUCGAAAAGGCCAUUUCGGCAACGAGUGAAGACCUCGCCAAGUCGUUUGAGAUAUCCUUUGAUGCCCCUCAGCCAUCGCCUCUCGCCAACGAGUUCACCAUCAACGAUGGGCCCAGUCCCAGUCCCAGCAUAAAGCCCAGCCCCGUCAUACGCGUUGAAGCAAAGAAGGCGCCUCCACGACCAACGCCUUCACCCAUCAACUUGCCGCCGUCACUUAUCAGGGAUAAGGGCCCGUUGACACCGAAUAGCCUGUAUUCCCCAUCAGGAUCGACAUUUAUCUGA